AUGACAUUCUUCUCUCGCAUUCAAGACCAUCAAGUGUUCAUAAAUUACCGCGGAGAGCAGCUAGGCUACAGCUUCGUUAGCCAUCUUGUUGAUGCCUUUGAGAGGCACGAUAUCAACUUCUUCGUAGACAAAUACGAGCUGAGAGGACAAGACCUCAAAAAUCUAUUUUUAAGGAUUGAAGAGUCAAGGAUUGCACUGGUCAUCUUCUCAACCAGGUAUCCGGAGUCUAGUUGGUGCAUGGAUGAAUUGGUGAAGAUAAAACAACUUUCGGAUAAAGAAAAGCUACAAGUCAUUCCGAUCUUUUACAAGGUGAAAGCACGAGAAGUCAAAAAUCAGACAGGUUUGUUUGGUGAAAAUUUCUGGACCCUCGCAAGAGGAUCUACCGGAGAUCAGAUCAAGAAAUGGAAGGAAGGUUUGGAGUCUAUUUCCGACAAGAUGGGUUUGUCGAUGAAAGACAAGAGCUCUGAAGCUGUAUUCGUCAAGGAAAUUGUGACGGCGGUUAAGAGAGUUAUAACAGCAAUUGGACUCGAGGAAGGAAAUGAUAAUCAUGUCAAUCAUGUUACAGCAAAAAAGAGAAAGACCGGGAAUAGCAAUUGCCUAUGUGAACUUCCCGAUUUUAAGAGGAGCAAAAUCAGAAAGCAUAGACGUAUAUUAUUUACCUUUUUCUAUACAUUGCUGAUUAAUUUCCUUACAAUCUAG